CUUAAAUAUAAAUAUAAAUGUAUUGAAAAGCAUCAAGUGGAGUCAUGGAGUGACAAAGUAGUCUUUAGUCUGGUACACUCUGGAGUACAGUACAACUACACAGACUUUUUUUUGUUAUUUCUGUGAAAUUUCCGUAACAUAGACUAACAGAAGCGGUCAUAGAUACAUACUCCCAGUCCCAGUGAAUGGUAACGAUUGUGAAGGAUACUUAAAAUAUAGUGCACUUUGAUAGAACAGAAAGUAAUAAAUAAUAAAUUAAUAUCAAAAAGGUUUUUUAAUUCUACUUUUUAUAAAAUUUACAUAAUUUAUUAAAGUGACCGGAAUUAUUAUUUUUUUAAUUAAACUAGAGUGUUAAUGACUCAGUAAAAAAAUUAAAAAAAUUUAAUAUUUGUGUUGAAGUUACCAAAAAUCCUCAAAAAUGUUCAGCUGGCUAACCCGCGAAGGCAACGACAAGCAAGACCUGUUCGACUCAGUAACCCAAGGACUAAACCAAAUCUACAAAACCAAACUCCUGCCUCUAGAGCAGCACUACCAAUUCCAUGAUUUCCACUCUCCUCAGCUCGACGAUCCAGACUUCCACGCGAAGCCUAUGAUCUUAUUAGUCGGGCAGUACUCAACUGGAAAAACAACUUUUAUAAAGUACCUACUGGAGCGCGAUUUCCCGGGUAUCAGGAUCGGACCCGAGCCAACAACAGAUCGGUUCAUAGCGGUGAUGUACGACCAGAAAGAAGGAGUGAUUCCAGGGAACGCUUUAGUAGUAGAUCCCUCCAAGCAGUUCCGUCCACUAGCAAAAUUCGGGAACGCCUUUUUGAAUAGAUUGCAAUGUUCAACCUUGCCAUCACCGGUGUUAAAGGGAAUCUCUAUCGUAGACACGCCUGGAAUUUUAUCCGGAGAAAAACAGAGAGUCGACAGAGGCUACGACUUCACUGGAGUCCUGGAGUGGUUCGCUGAGCGAGUGGACAGGAUCAUUCUUUUAUUUGACGCCCACAAGCUGGACAUCUCCGACGAGUUCCGGAGGUCUAUUGAAGCUCUAAGAGGCCACGAUGAUAAAAUCCGAAUUGUUUUGAACAAAGCGGACAUGAUUGACCACCAACAGCUGAUGCGAGUCUACGGAGCGCUCAUGUGGUCCCUUGGAAAGGUUCUACAGACUCCGGAGGUUGCUAGGGUCUACAUCGGCUCUUUCUGGGACCAACCUCUCAGGUACGACGUCAACAGGCGGCUCUUUGAAGCCGAGGAGCAGGAUUUGUUCAAAGAUAUGCAGUCUCUCCCCAAAAAUGCGACUCUUAGGAAGCUGAAUGACUUGAUCAAGCGAGCUAGGUUGGCUAAAGUACACGCUUACAUCAUCAGUGCUCUGAAAAAAGACAUGCCUUCUGUCUUUGGAAAGGAUAAUAAGAAGAAAGAACUGAUUAAGAAUCUGGGGAAUAUUUAUGACCAGAUUCAAAGAGAGCACCAGAUUUCUCCGGGAGAUUUUCCUGAUCUUAAAAAAAUGCAAGAGGCGCUGGUUAAUCAUGAUUUUACUAAGUUCAAUCCGCUUAAGCCGAGAUUGCUGGAGAUUGUUGAUAAAAUGCUCGCGGAGGAUAUUGCUAAGUUGAUGGCGAUGAUUCCGCAUGAAGAUGUUUCGACUACUGUUGAACCUUUGAUUAAAGGAGGUGCAUUUGAGGGUGUUGAGGAUCAAACAAGUCCCUUUGGGUACAAACGAGGUGAAGGAGUUGAUGCUGGGUCUGGUGAGCCGGAAUGGAUUGUUAAUAAGGAACGUUAUAAAUACGAUUCGCUUUUUGAAAGUUUAGGACCUACUGAUGGAAAAAUAACUGGAUCAGUUGCUAAAGCCGAGAUGGUAAAAUCAAAAUUACCAAACAGCGUACUAGGAAAAAUCUGGAAGCUCGCAGACGUCGACAAAGACGGUCAAUUAGACGCCGAAGAGUUUGCUCUGGCAAUGCAUUUAAUCAACGUUAAAUUAGACAAUUACGAUCUACCGACCACACUCCCCGAACACUUGGUACCCCCCUCCAAGCGAACGUGGAAUGAAUCACAUUAAUUAAACUAUUUAUUUAUUAUUAAUAAUUAAAUUUCUAUAACUCUAAACAUUUAUUAGAAAAAUCACAUUAAAAUUACACCAUCGAUUAUUUAUUUAAUAAAUGAAAUAUAUAUAUUUUUAAUUGAGACGCAUUUAAAUAUA